CCUCGUUGAGGUCAUAACAUACAUAACCAUGGAUAUCUAGGUGAUACUCUUUUGAGAGCGGAAAAUUAUCAACAGAAGCACUACGCUCACUUUCACACACCUUCUACUCAGCAGUUGGAACAGUUCUACGUGCCGAUCUCAAAGAUUUAAUAAAAAUCUAAUUACAUACGCUAAGACUGCUCAGCCCGAAGAAGAAGAAAAAAUGGUCGAACGACUUCUUGAUUUCCUUCAUCUUGACCUAUUGGCGCAAUUCGUUCGCAGCUUCAAGAAUGCCCUCACAGAUCCCCCAGACGUCAGAGCGCAGAAGGACUGGAUCUCCGAGUACGAAUGUGACGAACAGCGCGGAGUGGAGUUAUUACAAUUAAAGCACUACUGGGAGGAUGAAAAACGCGAAUUGAUUCGAGAAACGGCUCGAAAAUCUACUGCAAAGGACAUCGAUGAAAACUACACCAAAACCCUCAAAGCAUAUGACAGAGAGAUUGCCAAUGUUCGCCAACGGCUCUUCAUCCAUCAAAAUGCGAUGAAGAAACUACUGGAGGAAAAAAUUGACAUGUCAUACACACGCAGCUGGGAGUUACCGCGACGCAGGACUCGCCAGGGCUUCAGCCUUGCAUGGCUUAAGGAAAGCAAGAUAUGCGCACGUACCGGCGGCUGUUGCGGACGACCAUGUGCAUGCUGUGAGAAACCCCUGGUCACACAUCUCGAGAGAUGUUCUGGGCUCUUUGAGAAGGGCAAGAAAGUUGUAGGGCUCUAUGGGCACUGCACGACGAACUGUCGCUGCUGCAUUCUUUACAGGAGACUGCCAAAGAAAGAACUGUCAGUGGGAUCGUCUUAAGUCAUGAUACAAGUGUGCAGCAGAUAUAGGGUGGCCAUUUACCUAUAGUCCACAGAUUCUGAUGGAAUUUCUCUGCAAGCGUUAGUUGCUAGAGCCUGUACCCUGGGCCUUGAAU